AUGCAUCUCCUCGGCUCUUUCUCUAUCGCCUUCCUGGGCUUCUCCUCGGUUGCUUUUGCUGCAACCCAUCCCCGAGACUUCUCUCACACAGCGCGUAGCGUCUUGACAAAGAACGACAAAUGUUACAUCAACCCAAACAUCUGUGCCGAGGUCAUGAUCGGAGAUAAGGUCAACCAGCAGCUGGGCUAUGAUGGGUGCCAGAGGAUCUUAAACCCAGACAAAGUCACUGGUAUCAAGAUGUUGAACUGCGAGUGCAACUUGUACUAUUCUGUCGACUCCGGAUCCUGCAACAGUGGCGUCGAUGAGACUAUCGAUAGGCUUGGACGCUGUGACAUUGUCACGGGGAAAGAACGCCGUUGGAAGAAGCAGCCUGAUUUCUGGAGCUGCCAUAACCCUCCCGCUUGAGCGCCAAUGUACAUACUGUAUAUCGCUAAGCCCUGCGGCGGGUUGUAGUAAGCGAUCGUUUUCAAGGGCUGGGCCCGAGACUAGAGCACACUUUGUCGGAUACGUUAUUGUUAGUUUUGAGUCUCGAACGGCAAAGGCCAAGCGUUCGUCUUCUAGCUUAGUGCUUAGGGUUCAGCUCGUAGUUCAGCUCGUAAGAAAAUCGUUCUCUUGUAGCACCUAAUACAUACUAA